AUGAAUCUUCGAAAAGUAGCGAAGGCGCAGCCGCAGUCGCCCAGCGUCAGCACGAGGACAUCCACCCCAAAAAGCCAGGCAAGCGAUUCACAAAGCACACCCCGCCCCCGCAGCAGUCGCAAGAAAUCCACAGAUACGCCAGAUACCAAAGCUAGGAGGGUACGCACAGGCUGUCUCACUUGUCGCCAAAGACAUUUGAAAUGCGACGAAGCUGUGGGAAGGUGUCUCAAUUGUCGCAAAUCGGAUCGCGUCUGUCGACGUGGUGUUCGUCUCAAUUUCAUUGACACUCAGACUGUGGCGCCCCCACACAUUAUCGCUCGGCCCGCCGGAUCGAAGGUGACAUUUCGUGAUGACUCGCGAACGAUUGCGUCACUGUAUGUGGGAGGGUUCGAGAUAUACCCGCCUGUCCAAGCGGAGAGUCCUGUUCAGGAGGACCCACAAUCACACAAUGACUUUGAUUUUAUGGGGGAUGAUGAUUUGACAAAUCUCUUUCAAUCAGUGGCGCAUUCAUUUGACCCGCUGAGCUUGGAUGUCCCGCACCCAAAUACAGCGGAGUUCGUUGGAUCUGAUACCUGGCACCAGCCUCACUUGGUACCUGGAGAUGAACUUCUUCCGCACGGGACGUCUCAUUUCGCGCGGAAACUGGCUGGGAAACAUGAGUACCAUGCUUUCCUCACCGACCCAGAGCAAGUCUCUUUGCUCAGAAUCUUCGUGGAAGAAGUCGGUCCCCGGCUGGAUAUAAUGGAUGAAAUGAACCAUGUGGGUAAAUCUCCGCGCACUAUAUCCUUCCAGUCUGCUCACAAAACGCAGUUUUCCCAGAUUCUUCCAGGUUUUGCAAUUGGCGAGCCCUUAUUGCUAAAGGCAUUCAUCGCGUGUGGUGCUAGACAUCUUUCUUCUGUAGACCCUUCUUAUGGGGAAGAAAAAGCGGCACACUAUUACGACGCGGCUACUCGGGAUCUUCUGGGUGCAGUCCACGAUCCUAAUCGUGACUCUGUACUAUGCGCAACAGCAGCCGUUGCUCUCGGUUUCUCCGAAACCAUGCCGAGCCAACCAAGGCACAGUGGAGAUCACAGCGCAGGCUCCCGAGCACUGAUCCGAGAAUGUGGCUGGACUGCCAAAACCCCCGGGCUAGGUGGAGCAUGUUUCAGGAUCAGCAUCAGUGCAGAGCUCCUGAAAUGUACGCGAUACAAUUGGACAUUGUCUUGGGAUCCAGACACUUGGGGAGUCAACAUGGACAUGGAUCAUCCAGAUGCCACCAAUGGGGGAAGUCAAGAUCUAUGGCAUCAUCGGAUACUUUAUAUUUUCGCGAAAGUGAUGUCCUUACAAGCAUCUUCGGGUCCAUCUCGCGCUUUAGAUGACGACUCGGCCAGGGCCAUUCAGCUCAACGAUCAUGAAUGGAUUACCCACGACAGAUGGUGUGAGCAAUGGGCAAAAUCUAUUCCCAGAUCCCUUGCACCCCUUGGUCAUUUGCAGCCAUGGCAAACGACCUCCAAAUCGGUCUUUCCUGAAGUUUGGCUUGUCAACCGAUCUGCCGUUGUUUCUCGGUUAUUCUACCAUGCCAGUCGUAUUCUACUGGCCAAAACACACCCGUUCCAGUCGGAGUUCGAUGAGGAUAUGCGGAAAAUGCAACGAAGCCAUGCACACGAAAUGUGCGGCCUUAUUGCCCAUACCACAGACCGAGGCGUGGCCCAUAUAUCCCUGUACUUUCUAAUACUCGCUGCAGAGUGUUUAGAAACACGCGAAGCCCAAGAGGAGGUACUCGGAAUCUUCGAUACCCUCACAAAAGUGACUGGCAGCAGUGCUGAAACAACCAAAAACGAUCUCAAACAAAUUUGGGGCUGGGUCGAUGCUCACCCGCACACUGUGACGCCAGCCCAGAUGCACAAUGACUUCUAUGAAUUAGACCCAUCUCUACCAAUCUCCAACCACCCGGGCUCGUCUCCAAGCCUACACAAUCCCUUGUUGACUACGGGUGACUUCUCAUUGGAAAAUCACCCGUAUCAAGGAUACUAUGUGCCACCACAUCACCACCAUGCACUCAAUCAGUAUCACUAUGGUACAUUUGAUUUGAUUUGA